AUGUCCUUCGACUCCGACGCCUCGUCGCCGUCGACGUCCGCCUCGGCGGCGGACGCCACCACCAGAGACUGGAUUUUUCCUUCGUACACCUUCGUUCACUCGCCGCAUAAUAUCCACAGAACCCCCAGGAGAAGAAGAUUCUCCUCAUACCAACCCCCGCCGCAGCAAUUCAACCCCACGGCGUCGUUUCAUCCGCGAGCAGCUGGCAAUGAAUCCAACGCCGUUAGCAGUUCCGUUUCCAGGUCAACGCCAGGGCGCUUUGAAUUUGAGAACCACGAGAAGUCAACGACGCUGCUGGAUGGCGGUAUAGACGGAGGCGGAAGCGCAGGGGUUAAUUCAAAGUCAAACGAAGCCGUUACGUCGGAGAAACGUGGCAUUAAGGAAAGGAAAACGACGUCGUCGGAGGAAACAUUUUUGGGGGUUUUGCGAAGCUGGUUAAGAGUUCGGUGGCAGCUUACUUUUACCGUUGCGAUACUGAUAACGGUGUUAUCUUCAUUGGUACAUACGAAUUUUUCCUUACACAAUGAGGUCACUGAAUUACAGGACCGAAUUUCCAAGCUCAAUGUGAAACUCAAACUUUGCAAUCUGUCGGACUCUAUAGAUAUAGCUGGCGAGUUGUCACCACAGGAUGUUUCUGUCAACAAUUUUUCUAGCAAGAGCCUAAAAAUUGCAGCAUUAGCUAUUUCGAUCACAUUUUUAUCCCUCCCUUUCUUUGUCGUCAAGUAUGUCAACUACGUCUCGAAGUCGAGAAGAUUGUUCGACAAUACCACGGAGGAAAUCUCUUUGAAUAAGCAGCUAGCAUACAGGGUUGACGUCUUUUUAUCAGUUACCCCAUAUGCUAAGCCUCUAGCACUGUUAGUUGCUACCCUGUUGUUGAUAUGUGUCGGUGGGUUGUCACUUUACGGCGUGACAGAUGGCAGUUUAGCCGAUUCCCUUUGGUUGUCCUGGACAUACGUAGCAGACUCGGGUAAUCAUGCCAAUUCCGAAGGCCUCGGUCCGAGACUAGUGUCGGUUUCGAUUAGUUUUGGUGGGAUGCUUAUAUUUGCUAUGAUGCUUGGACUUGUUUCCGAUGCGAUUUCUGAAAAGUUCGACUCUCUGCGGAAGGGAAGAAGUGAAGUUGUUGAAAAAAACCACACUCUUAUACUCGGGUGGAGUAAUAAGCUGGGAUCGUUACUGAAUCAACUUGCCAUAGCUAAUGAGAGUAUGGGUGGAGGAAUAGUGGUCGUAAUGGCCGAGCGAGACAAAGAAGAUAUGGAGCUCGACAUUGGUAAAAUGGAGUUUGACUUCAGAGGAACAUCUGUCAUAUGCAGAAGUGGGAGCCCUCUGAUAUUAGCUGACCUGAAAAAGGUAUCCGUUUCAAAAGCUCGAGCAAUAAUUGUCCUUGCCGACGAUGGAAAUGCUGACCAGAGUGAUGCCCGUGCAUUAAGGACGGUCUUAAGCCUAACAGGAGUGAAAGAAGGAUUGAAUGGACACAUUGUAGUUGAAUUAAGCGAUCUUGAUAACGAAGUCCUUGUGAAACUUGUCGGUGGGGAUCUCGUUGAAACUGUUGUUGCUCACGAUGUAAUCGGUAGGCUGAUGAUUCAAUGUGCUCGUCAGCCAGGCCUUGCUCAGAUAUGGGAAGACAUUCUUGGGUUUGAAAAUUGCGAGUUUUAUUUUAAAAGGUGGCCGAAGUUGUAUGGAAUGCAAUUCGAGGAUGUGUUGAUUAGCUUCCCGGAGGCCAUUCCUUGUGGGGUGAAGGUAGCAUCACACGGUGGAAAAAUUAUUCUAAAUCCCGAAGACAGUUAUGUUCUGCAAGAAGGAGACGAGGUUCUUGUUAUUGCGGAGGAUGAUGACAGCUAUGCUCCAUCGGAUAUUCCCAUGGUUUGGACAGGAAGUUUACCCAAAGACGAACUAGUUCACAAGUCUUUCGAGAAGAUACUUCUAUGCGGUUGGAGGAGAGAUAUGGAAGAUAUAAUAACGGUACUGGAUGCUUUUUUAGCAGAAGGGUCGGAGCUGUGGAUGUUCAAUGAAGUUGCUGAGAAUGAAAGAGAGAGAAAGCUUGAAGAUGGUGGACUUGACAUCGACCGUUUGGUCAAUAUUAAGCUCAUUAAUCGAGAAGGAAAUGCUGUCAUAAGGCGUCACCUUGAAAGCCUUCCAUUGGAAUCUUUUGAUUCGGUAAAGCAGCAAUUUAUCUGAAACCCGUUGAUGGAAAAUGCUUUU